AUGUCCAAGCCCUUCGACCCCGAGCAGGCUGAGAACCUGGAGGAUAUGGAGAAGCAAUUUGCUGUCAAGACUGUUGAACACCUGAUGACGUACUGGGCGAUCCUCGAGAAGGUGAAAGGCUCUCAGCUGCGCCUCACCAAGAUGGAUGACGAGAUCUACGAUUCAUUCAAGGAGGCUUUCCCCGAUUUUGACCCUGCUGGCACCCUCGAUGAGGAGCAGAUGAAGAGCAAGGCUGGCAAGGAGCAGUGGCGCACCUGGAUUUUGAAGUUCGAGAAAAAGAUCGAGGAUUACAACUUUGGUACCAUGAUCCGUGCUCGUGCGGAUAGCGAGUAUGAGCAGCAUAACACCAUUUUCGGUGUGCGGAUGCAGUUCUACGCGGUCGAGAUUGCCCGUAACCGUGCUGGAUUGAACGACUGGAUUUAUGAAAAGGCCCAGAAGACCAGCUCAUGA